UUGCUAUGGAUCGUGUUGGUUGGGCUGACAUUUGCCUUCAUAAUCCAGUCUCGCUCUGCAAAUUUAGGGGUGGCCACAGGAAAGCAUCUUGCUGAGCAUUGCAAGGCAGAGUACCCUCCUCCAGUGAAAUACUGCCUGUGGAUACUUGCUGAGGUUGCCGUUAUAGCUAGCGAUAUCCCAGAAGUGAUAGGAACGGCAUUUGCUCUCAACAUUCUCCUUAAAAUACCCAUGUGGAGUGGUGUCCUGCUGGCUGGAUUGAACACUCUUAUCCUCCUUGGACUGCAACGAUAUGGUAUAAGGAAGCUGGAGGUUGUAGUAAUGGUAGUGGGUGGUUGCUUCUUCGCUGUACUGGUUCACGCCAGGCCUAGUCCAGAGGAGAUCCUCACCGGAAUGUUUGUUCCCAAAUUGGAGGGGAAAGGGGCCACCUCAGCUGCCAUAGCUCUUUUGGGAGCUCUCAUCAUGCCGCACAAUCUUUUUCUUUACUCAGCAUUGGUCAUAUCAAGAAAAAUCCCUCGCUCCUCUAAUGGCAUCAGGAGUGCAACCAGACACUUUUUGAUAGAAAGCGGGAUAGCGUUGUUUCUAGCGUUCCUCAUCAAUGUGGCAUUCGUAUCUGUUAGUGGUAGCAUGUGCUCCAAUACAAAUAUCUCUUUAGAAAACAACGCUCAUUGCAAGAAUAUCUCUUUGAAUUCUGCAGCUUCUUUGUUUAAAAAUGCUCUUGGCAACUGGAGUUCGAAGUUGUAUGCUAUAUCCUUACUUGCUUCUGGUCAGAGUUCAACUGUUACAGGAACAUAUGCCGGCCAGUACAUUAUGCAGGGUUUCUUAGAUUUGAAGAUGAAGCUCUGGUUGAGAAACUUACUCACAAGGUGCAUAGCCAUUGCUCCAAGUUUAGUGGCAUGCAUCAUAGGUGGAUCUCAGGGAGCUGCAAAACUUAUCAUUGUUGCUUCUAUGAUCUUAUCAUUCGAGCUGCCAUUCGCAUUGGUUCCUCUCCUCAGGUUCACCAGCAGUGAAGCCAAGGGUCACCACAAGAACCCCAUACUAGUAAGUCUUGUCUCAUGGCUACUCUGCUGUUGCUCAAUUGGGAUCAACCUAUAUUUCUUAAGCACGACUUUGAUGGGAUGGAUAAUGAGUAACAAGAUGCCGAAGAUCGGAUUGAUCCUCACAGGAGUGCUAGCUUUUCUAACAAUGAUGCUUUACGUAUCCUUGUUGACAUACCUGACAUUGAAAAGAGUGAAAUCUACUGCAAGCUCCACUGACUUGGCGAUGGGAACUAUUAGAACCAGUGGAUCCAGGGACGAGAGGGGUUCAGAUUUGAGCAGCAACCAGAGAACUAAUGAGUUUGAGUCGGAUCAUAUUAUCCUUGCAUAG